AGUCGAUGCGGUGAUGGACCAGAACGUUCAGGAGAUGGCUUCCCAGCACGCCGAAUCAGCGGAGAAUGGUGAGCGGUAUGCUGGAGGUUAUCAGGAGACCACAACCCUCCAUCCUUUGGAGGGCGACGGCGAAAACCUGGUGGCGGAUCACCGAUCCGGAAGACAGCUACCGCCCGACAGAACUGGACAGAACCCGAUCCUCAGUUACCUGCUGCAGAGGGCGAACACCAACACUACUGGUUAUUCAAGUGGCUCUAGAGGGGGUGUGAGGCGAAGGAUAACGCACCAGGAGACUAUAGUUGACCCAAGGCAGCCAUUCCCCGUGGCAGUGAGCAGUGUUCCACAGGGGCAGAUAGUCGGCCCACAAAUUUCUGGAGUUCCAAGCACAGGGCAGAAUAAUAUCGGCACCAACAUGCAGGUGGUUCCCCCACAGACCUACCCUGCCGCUGGUUCUCCUGUUCAGAGCCCGAGUAGCCAGAAUUUCAUCGCACAAAGCGGACAAACGUAUCCUGUCACCAGUCAACCGUCUGGCAGCGUACGCAACGACGGGAAAGUGCCUGACGUUAACCUAUUUACCACCAUGAAUUUCUACCCGUCGAUCGUUGCAGGGCAGCCGUAUCCGUACGCAUCAGCCGUAGACAGCAACAGACUCGAAAGUGGCGUGCAGGGACGCAUCAGUUGGCCGUUUUCCGAUUACUUCCCCAUUAUUAUUAAAGAUCCGAUCAGCCAUUUUUACAACGCCUUCACCACCAUGGUCGAGUACGGACCAGAGUCGGACGUCUGCGGAGGAGACUUUGGGGACGAACGGGACGAGAGCAAGAAGAGCGGCAAGGGCAGGCACCGAGGGAGGACAGGUCGCGCAGAUGCCACCAGUUUCACUGACGAGGAAGAAGGGUCUGGCUCGCAGGGUAGCAGCGCGGAGGUCGCGAAGCCAGUGGCCCUGUCCACUGUACAGUACGGACCCGUGGUGGCCCGGCUCUUAGUGCAGAAGGGAGGUGUGGCCAUUGCCGGUCCCGGAGGCUCUGCGGACAGCGGGAUUGGAGGGACAUCCGUGGUAGGUCCCGGAGGGAUCGUCUAUGCCAGGCCCAACGGACUCGCAGUCUUGGGUCCUGGAGCCAAAGUGAUCAGCCUGCCCGUGGGGUCCUCGGAACCCAGGAGUGCCAGAGAUCCCCUGCCAGCCGGAGCAAGAAUACUCGCUGUCGGUCCAACUGUGUAUUUCCAUUCAGCCACUCUCUAGUAAUCUACACUGGUUCAUCAAUACCUGUACAUAAACAUUCACAACUGUGCCUGCAACAAGAGAAUGUUAUUUAUUAAGAGCAACUAUUUUAAUAAAUGGCAGUCACUGUGCUAUAAUUGCACUUGACUUAACAUUUGUUGUUGUUGUUGUUGUUGUCUUCAGUCCUGAGACUGGUUUGAUGCAGCUCUCCGUGCUACUCUAUCCUGUGCAAGCUUCUUCAUCUCCCAGUACUUACUGCAACCUACAUCCUUCUGAAUCUGCUGUCUGUAUUCAUCUCUUGGUCUCCCUCUACGAUUUUUACCCUCCACGCUGCCCUCCAAUGCUAAAUUUGUGAUCCCUUGAUGCCUCAGAAUAUGUCCUACCAACCGGUCCCUUCGUCUUGUCAAGUUGUGCCACAAUCUCCUCUUCUCCCCAAUUCUAUUCAGUACCUCCUCAUUAGUUAUGUGAUCUACCCAUCUAAUCUUCAGCAUUCUUCUGUAGCACCACGUUUCGAAAGCUUCUAUUCUCUUCUUGUCCAAACUAUUUAUCGUCCAUGUUUCACUUCCAUACAUGGCUACACUCCAUACUAAUACUUUCAAAAACGACUUCCUGACACUUAAAUCUAUACUCGAUGUUCACAAAUUUCUCUUCUUCAGAAACGCUUUCCUUGCCAUUGUCAGUCUACAUUUUAUAUCCUCUCUACUUCGACCAUCAUCAGUUACUUUGCUCCCCAAAUAGCAAAACUCCUUUACUACUUUAAGUGUCUCAUUUCCUAAUCUAAUUCCCUCAACAUCACCCGACUUAAUUCGACUACAUUCCAUUAUCCUCGUUUUGCUUUUGUUGAUGUUCAUCUUAUAUUUGUUACACACUCAUAAAAACACGGAAUUUCGUCUCAAGUAUACUCAGCAGAACGUUACAUAUCAGCCAAAGCUAGAAGUUUAAAUAGUCUCAAAAAGUGUACUUAAGAGAGCGAGGUUAUUACUCUUUCAUCUGGAAGCUCCUUUAUAACAAUUCAUUUUGUACCUGCUUCCCAGUUACUUCAAUCCUAGGUGUGCUAGGUGUGUCGUACUUCGUACGUAUUUUUUUCGUUAUAGUAAAAGCAAAAGCAAAGAAAUAUCUCUUCGAUUAUUUUCAAUGUCAUCACUUGUCUUUUCAUUCCUAACGGUGCUAGGGGUGCCUUUCGUAUAUAGUGCACGGGUUUCGUUCGAAUAUGUAUAAUAAUUAAAAUUAAAGUUGAAACUUCAUACCUGAAAGUUUAAAUUUCGUCCGUUAAUACCAAAUAUAAACUUUCAAGUCAUUAUGCUGUUCUUUGGCAUUGUCUGUUAACUAGUGCAAACUCAGUAAACCAUUAGUAAACUCUGCACGUGCCUGGAGUCACACCCUGCUUCUUCGGUAAGGCCACACUUCUUUGCCAUCUAAAUCUUCCCACUGUAACUCGAAACUUUUCAAUGUGCCCACAGUCUUUGGUGUAAUACAAACUCUGACACUUUCAUAGUUCGAUCACAAAUCUAGAUGUAGCUACGAACCCUCCUCAUCUUAUAGAAAAAAUGGCUGACGAGGUUGAGUGGCUACUUUGCAGUAGAAACUUAUGGAUUGGUAAGUCACAUUUUGUAUGUAUUGUCAGUGUUGCUAGACGUGUGAGAUGAUGAGGACUUAUGUGUACCAUCGCUAGGCGUACAUGAGAGAGCCCCAGAGACUAUUGGCGUCACUUCGUUGAAGUGUAUGUCGGUGUUCUUAACAUCUGUGUUGCGUAUCCAGACGGCAGCGCAGUAUUCCCUUAUAUUUUAGCCGAACUGAGGUUCUCAGGGUCUUAACAUUACUGCCUCGAAUUGUCCCUGCCACUGUUUGACAUUUUCUUUCUCAUUUUCGACUUACACCUUCCACAUGGUGUCUCUACUAGUGUGUGCGAUUUAAUUUAACUCUCAGACAAUAUGACUGAAAUAUGACUGAUUGGUUCGCUCUUGACGGUUCUGUCCAUUUCCCCGUUACUCAUGUGCAUCACUGAGUACAGAGUCAAAUUCACUAUUAGGUUCGAUUUUUUUUAAUGUUUCUAUGGGGUUAAUAAGACGAAUUUCAGUGUCUUCAGAUGUCGUUGCCUGUAGCUAUGGCCAGAUAAUCGGCUUACGUAUAUGCCCGAAACUGAGUUUUGGCGUACCGUGCUUGAAAUACACAUGUUUGAAGAACACAUGUGACAAUAGUGAUAUCUGCUGCAGGUCCUUUAUCUAUGUGUUUUCUGCUCUCCUUGUGCCAAUGAACUACAAAUUUCCAUUUCCUUUAACAUUGUCAUACGCAUGAGGUUUUUUUUUUCCAUUACCAACCAAUUCAUCUCUGCUGCGAAUAUCAACAGACAUAGCUAUUGGUAUUUGUAAAUAUGGAUUCAGUCCAGACUGCCCCCUGGCGCUUGUUCACUUCCAUGCGUACGUUAUUGGCCCCCAGUUCUUUUUUACUUAGUUCUUUAGUUAAAAUAGUUUCUUUAAUUUUGCCAACUGAAGAACAUUUACGAAUAUUCCGAAGUCUCUUUAUUGUUCAUCUUUUAGAUAGUUACUGAUGCUUUUCGUUGUAUCUCCAAAAUUCAUGUUUUAUGUUUCAAACACACAGCUAAUGCCUCAGAUACUUUUGUUGCUCAGGUAGACGACGACUUUCCGUUAUGUUUUAGCUGUAGAACUGAGUGAAAGAAUUGCUUGCUUGAAGUGGCCGUAAAUGAGUGAACAGCAUUUCAGGAAACCGGGGACUUCGCUCUCUGCAUUCCCCUCAUUUGAAUUUUAAGGCCCAAUAAAUGUUUCUUCGAAAAUUUUGUCGUUGUUCAGAAAGAAAAAAAUCAUAGAAAUUCUCUCUUAACAUCGGAAAACGAAGAAAAUUACUUUGGUAAUAGUUGGAUGUAGCGGAUUCCUGGCGACAUCGGUAUUUGUCCACCAAUCUUUCUCAAUCCUGAAUCACCCAUAAACAUCAUCUUGGGCCUAAUUCUUCUGUACCAUACUAUGACGGCAUUGCCUGCAGGGAGAGUUGAUUUGGAAGAAGGGUUAGAUUUAGUAAUAUCUUCUCACCCAUCGCUCUCUAUCACUCCCUCGUCGGUUGCACAUAAUCCUUACAUCCCAAAAAUAAAUCCAAAACUGGUACUCACAUACAGUGCACCGGAAAUCAAUCAGAAGUAUCUCUUAGUUGACGAAAUUCACAGUUAAAGUAUUUGGAAGAAACAUUAUCGUCAAAGGUCUCUUCUUACUUUCAUUGUUUGCUCAGCUGUUGAGCACGUUGGACUUGGAUUGAUUCUCUUUCACGUUCUACAUCUACAUCUACAUGUAUACCCUGCAAUCCAUCAUACGGUGCGUGGCGGAGGGUACCUCGUACCAUAACUAGCAUCUUCUCUCCCUAUUCCACUCCAAAACAGAACGAGGGAAAAAUUACUGCCUAUAUGCCUCUGUACGAGCCCUAAUCUCUAUUAUCUUAUCUUUGUGGUCUUUCCGCGAAAUGUAAGUUGGCGACAGUAAAAUUGUACUGCAGUCAGCCUCAAAUGCUGGUUCCCUAAAUUUCCUCAGUAGCGAUUCACGAAUAGAACGCCUCCUUUCCUCUAGAGACUCCCACCCGAGUUCCUGAAGUCCUGAAGCAUUUCCGUAACACUCGCGUGAUGAUCAAACCUACCAGUAACAAAUCUAGCAGCCCGCCUCUGAAUUGCUUCUAUGUCCUCCCUCAAUCCGACCUGAUAGGGAUCCCAAACGCUCGAGCAGUUCUCAAGAAUAGGUCGUAUUAGUGUUUUAUAAGCGGUAUCCUUUACAGAUGAACCACAUCUUCCCCGAAUUCUACCAAUGAACCGAAGACGACUAUCCGCCUUCCCCACAACUGCCAUUACAUGCUUGUCCCGCCUCAUAUCGCUCUGCAAUGUUACGCCCAAAUAUUUAAUCGACGUGACUGUGUCAAGCGCUACACUACUAAUGGAGUAUUCAAACAUUACAGGAUUCUUUUUCCUAUUCAUCUGCAAUUAUCUAUAUUUAGAGUUAGCUGCCAUUAUUUACACCAAUCACAAAUCCUGUCCAAGUCAUCUUGUAUCCUCCUACAGUCACUCAACGACGACACCUUCCCGUACACCACAGCAUCAUCAGCAAACAGCCGCACAUUGCGAUCCACCCUAUCCAAAAGAUCAUUUAUGUAGACAGAAAACAGCAGCGGACCUACCACACUUCCCUGGGACACUCCAGAUGAUACCCUCACCACCGAUGAACACUCACCAUCGAGGACAACGUACUGGGUUCUAUUACUUAAGAAGUCUUCGAGCCACUCACAUACUUGGGAACCAAUCCCAUAUGCUCCUACCUUAGUUAGGAGUCUGCAGUGGGGCACCGAGUCAAACGGUUUCUGGACGUCAAGGAAUAUGGCAUCCGUCUGAUACCCUUCAUCCAUUGUUCGCAAGAUAUCAUGUGAAAAAAGGGCGAGUUGCGUUAAUAUCAACGUGAAAAACCAAUGCAAGUGCUGGGCGCCGGCCGAAGUGGCCGUGCGGUUAAAGGCGCUGCAGUCUGGAACCGCGAGACCGCUACGGUCGCAGGUUCGAAUCCUGCCUCGGGCAUGGAUGUUUGUGAUGUCCUUAGGUUAGUUAGGUUUAACUAGUUCUAAGUUCUAGGGGACUAAUGACCUCAGCAGUUGAGUCCCAUAGUGCUCAGAGCCAUUUGAACCAUUUUUUUUUGCUGGGCAAAACUAGAGUGGAAAACGCAGUUUAGUACAGCAGACAGCCUAUCUGUACUAUUUUUCGAAUUUUUUUAGUGAUACCAAGAAUAUAAUGGCCAGGAUGAAUCUUUCAUAUUGCAGUGGGGUAUAGACUGGGCUAGUACUCGGCGUCUUUUCUUAAGCGGGCAAUGCUCUCUGUGACAGAUCCAAUUCUGUCACCACUCCCUCCCCAACAUCUCUCAGGACAUUUCAGACAUAAUAAAUCUGUGAGGUACUUCAUAAUGCUAGACUCGGAUUGUAAAAUACUAUCCAAGUGUGAAAAAUGAAGCGUAUUUAUGUUCUGAAAUACUGUAAAAUACCCUAUUUUCACGACUGUUGAUUUUAAUUUUGUAAAUAUAACUUAAUUGUAUUUAUUUAAUAGCAUUGUAAUGCUUUAUUAUAUAAAAUUUUC